AUGAAAGCGGUCGUGAAAAAGGUGCUCCAGCUUGAUGAGCGUGUGCAGCGUGGCGUUCUCGCGUAUGUAGACGACCUGCUGGUCGAUGAGGACAUUGUGAGUGCCGAGGAGGUGGUGCAGCACUUCAAGAGGUUCGGUUUGGAGUGCAAGCCACCGCAGAGAGCUGCAGACGGGACGAGGAUGCUCGGACUGCUGGUCAGCCCGUGCGGCGGCGAGCUGCGGUGGCGGCGGGACGCCGAGCUCCCGCCGCCGCCUGUCAAGGUCACGCGCCGGACUGUAUUUGCCUGGUGCGGUCGGCUCGUGGCGCAUCUGCCGGUGGCAGGCUGGCUCCGGCCGGCCGCUGCGUGGAUUAAACGGCGAGUGAACUCGGUGACCAGGGGGUGGGAUGACACCACAGACGAUGCGGUGCUGCAAGCACAGGUUGACCAUGUGGUGCAGCGGCUGCAAGAGGCUGACCCAGCUCAGGGCCCGUGGCGACUGACCGGCGACCGUCUCGUGGUCUGGACGGACGCCAGCUCGAUAGCUAACGGUGUCGUGCUGGAAGACCCGGGCCGCGGCACGGUGGAGGACGCCUGCUGGCUGCGGGCUGACAGCAAGGCAGACAUGCACAUCAACAUGGCCGAGCUUGACGCGGCGCUCAGUGGAAUAAACAUGGCGGUGGCCUGGGGAGUGAAGGUCAUUGACCUGCGCACCGACUCUGCUACGGUCCACCGCUGGAUUUCCGAUGCCCUGAGCGGCCGUGCGCGGCUGCGGACCAAAGCUCACGGAGAGCUGCUGAUCCGUCGACGCAUCGAAAUCGUCAGACAGCUGGUGGACGAGUUGCAGCUCUCCGUCACGAUCGGCCUGGUGCGGUCCGCUGGAAACCCGGCUGACACGCUGACGCGUGUGCCUAAGCAAUGGCUGCAGAGUGCAAAGGACACCGGCCCUGCUCGCCGGGUGGUGGCCGCUGGUGACCGUCAGUCGGGUGAUAGCGCGGCCAGCACCGGCUCUGAAACAGACCGUGCGCGCGCCCGUCGGAUUCAUGAGACGACCGGCCAUCAGAGGAUCAGACGGACUCUGUGGUACGUUCGGAGAGAGCUGGGCCCGACGGUGAGACGCUCGAUGGUGCGGGAAAUAGUCCAGCAGUGCGAUACCUGCCAGUCGAUUGACCCGGCGCCCGUCCGCUGGCAGACCGGCUCGCUCAGUGUGCAAGAAACGUGGGAGCGGCUGGCCAUGGACGUGGUUAAACACCAAGGCCGAGCCUACCUGUCCCUGAUUGACUGUGGCCCUGCCAGAUACUGCAUCUGGAGGGCCCUGCAUCGGUCCACCGCUUCCGAGAUUGCGCAGCAGCUGGAGGAGAUCUUCAUCGAGAGAGGAGCACCAAACGAGAUUCUAACAGACAAUGCUAGGGAAUUUCGUGGCUACGAGCUGGCAGCGCUAGUAGCACGGUGGGGAGUGGAUCUGCGAUUCCGUGCCGUGCAUGAACCGACAGGCAACGGCAUUGUGGAACGGAACCACCGGACGAUCAAAGUGAUGGCUGCGCGCCAGAACGUGUCGGUUGCCGAGGCCGUGCAUCGCUGCCUAUAA